AUGAGUGGAGCCAAUGCGACUGAAGAAAGUGCUCCAAGACGCGGAUCUUACGUUCCAGUGGAGUUCACCCCAGAAGUCGAGAAACAAUGUCUGAAACAGGUGGAGUUCUACUUUUCUGAGUUCAAUUUCCCUUACGACAAGUUUCUGCGUGCGACCGCGGACAAGAAUGAGGGGUGGGUUCCCAUUUCAACGAUAGCGACUUUCAACAGAAUGAAGAAGUUCCGCCCUGUGGAGAAGGUUGUCGAGACUCUGCGCAGUUCUGAGAUUUUGGAGGUCAGCGAGGAUGGAGAAAACGUCAAGAGACGCGUUCCACUAGACCUUCAAAGCGACGCCAGACGCGAGAGAGGCAAGAGAACUGUCGCUGUGAUGAACUUCGACUACGAGAACAAACAGGAGAAGACCGAGCUUCAAGAAGAGAUUGAGAAGUUCUUCAACAGUCUUGGUCCCGUCAGCCAGGUGCGUUUGAAGAAGGACCACCGCAAAAACUUCAACGGUACCGUCAUCGUUGAGUUCGCGCAGGAAAAAGAUGCGAACGACUUUAUAGAAACUUACGGACCCGGCAAGGAGACCCUCUCUUUCCAAGGCCGCAAGUUGGAUGCUGUCACCAAGAAGCAGUACGACCAGCAGCGCGAAGCUACACGCAGCAAGAACUUCAGUGGCUCUGGCCAGCGCUCGCGCUCUUUCACCGGUCACAGAAAGAACAUGCCAAAGUUGAAGAAGUCUGAAGAGAAGGACGGUGCCAAGGAUGCAUCUGAGGGAGCUUCUGAGGCUGCAGGUGAAGCUUCUAAAGAAGCUGCAGCAAAGGAAGCGUCGGAGUCCGCAGUCGAAUAA